GGCAAUUCGGUUGGGCAGGUGCUCUCGGGUCAGGUGCCUGCUGGCCAUUGUCUAGGCAGGUGUGUGUAAGCCAGAGAAUCAUGAGGACCUUGGAAGACUCCUCUGGGACAGUCCUGCACCGCCUCAUCCAGGAGCAGCUGCGCUAUGGCAACCUGACGGAGACACGUACACUGCUGGCUAUCCAGCAGCAGGCCCUGCGGGGUGGGGCUGGAGCUGGGGGCACAGGGAGCCCCCAGGCCUCCCUGGAGAUCUUGCCACCUGAGGACAGUCAGGUGCUUCAGCAGGCCACCAGGCAAGAGCCCCAAGGCCAGGAGCACCAGGGUGGUGAGACCCACCUGGCAGAAAACACCCUCUACCGGCUGUGCCCACAGCCCAGCAAGGGUGAGGAGCUGCCUACCUACGAGGAGGCCAAAGCCCACUCACAGUACUAUGCAGCUCAGCAGGGAGGGCCAAGGCCACACCUUGGAGAACGGGAUCCUCGUGGGGCUCCAGGAGGCGUCCGCCGGCAGGAUGAGGCCCUACGGGAGCUGAGGCAUGGGCAUGUGCGCUCACUCAGUGAACGGCUCCUGCAGCUUUCCCUGGAGAGGAACGGUGCCCGAGGCCCCAGCCACAUGAGCACCUCUCACAGCUUCCCACAGCUGGCUCGCAGCCAGCAGGGCCCUCCACCCCGAGGCCCUCCUGCUGAGGGCCCGGAGUCCCGUGGACCCCCACCACAGUACCCACAUGUUGCACCUUCUCAUGAAACUACUGCUGUCACUGACCCGAGGUACCGUGCCCGCGGCAGCCCACACUUCCAGCAUGCUGAAGUCAGGAUCCUGCAGGCCCAAGUACCUCCUGUGUUCCUCCAGCAGCAGUACCUGCAGCAGCCCCAGGAGCACCCUGCACCCCCACAUCUGGCUGUUCUCAGUCAUGGGAGUCAUGGUCUGGGAGUGGAGGGACCAGCAAGUGUCCAAGCCGCCUCAGCCACCGUGGGGAGUGCCCAUCUGGCCCAGAUGGAGGCUGUGUGGAGGGAGAAUGCCAGGCUGCAGAGGGAGCUGGAGAGCUCUGCAGAAAAGGCGAGCUGCAUUGAAAAGCUGGAGAGUGAAAUCCAGCGGCUCUCUGAAGCCCAUGAGAGCCUGACAAGGGCCUCUUCCAAGCGUGAGGCCCUGGAAAAGACCAUGCGGAAUAAGAUGGACAGUGAAAUGAGGCGGUUGCAGGACUUCAACCGUGAUCUUAGAGAGAGAUUGGAAUCUGCAAACCGCCGCCUGGCAAGCAAGAUGCAGGACUCCCAGGCGGGCAGUCAAGAUAUGGUGGCCAAGCUGCUUGCUCAGAUCUAUGAGCAGCAGCAGGAGCAAGAGAAGCUAGAGCGUGAGAUGGCACUGCUGCGUGGUGCCAUCGAGGACCAGCGGCGACGGGCCGAGCUGCUGGAGCAGGCUCUGGGCAAUGCACAGGGCCGUGCAGCACGAGCGGAGGAAGAGCUGCGCAAGAAGCAGGCCUAUGUGGAGAAGGUUGAGCGGCUACAGCAGGCACUUGGGCAGCUGCAGGCUGCCUGCGAAAAGCGAGAGCAGCUGGAGCUACGCCUGCGGACACGCCUAGAGCAGGAACUCAAGGCCCUGCGUGCACAGCAAAGACAGGCGGGCACACCCAGUGGGGGCAGCAGCAAUGGUGGGUGCCCCGAGCUCAGUGCCCUGCGACUGUCAGAACAACUUCGCGAGAAGGAGGAGCAGAUCCUGGCACUGGAGGCCGACAUGACUAAGUGGGAGCAGAAGUAUUUGGAGGAACGUGCCAUGAGACAGUUUGCCAUGGAUGCUGCCGCCACCGCAGCCGCCCAGCGUGACACCACUCUCAUCCGACACUCCCCCCAGCCCUCUCCCAGCAGCAGCUUCAACGAGGGCCUACUCACCGGUGGCCACAGGCAUCAGGAGAUGGAAAGCAGGCUAAAGGUGCUCCAUGCCCAGAUCCUGGAGAAGGAUGCUGUGAUCAAGGUCCUUCAGCAGCGCUCUAGGAAGGACCCUGGCAAAACUACACAGAGCUCCCUGCGGCCAGCCAAAUCAGUGCCAUCUAUCUUCCCAGCUGCAGCGGCAGGGACCGCCGGCUGGCAAGGGCUCUCAUCAAGUGAGCGACAAGCAGAUGCUCCCGCCCGGCUGACGAUAGACAGGACACCCACGGAAGAGCCAAUAGCUGCAGCUCCCCUCCCUACCCAUGCCAAACAUGGGAGUAGGGAUGGGAGCACCCAGACUGAUAGCCCUGUGGAAAGCACCUCUGCUUACCUGACGUCAGAGCCUGACAGCCUUCCCAGCUGCAGCAGUGGCCAGAGGGCAGCCUCUCUGGACUCUAUAGUUACAUCCAGAGUCCAGGACUUGUCAGAUAUGGUGGAGAUACUGAUCUAAAGAUGGUGGCUCCUUGGAGACCCUGAAUCAUGCCCUGCCUUUUUCUGCCACUCUCGGCCAUUCCAGCAGCCCCUAACUCCAUCUUCCCUACUUUCCCCAACCAUUGACUGGCUGGUCCCAGGAGCUCAGAGAGGAGUGCUGCAAAGGAGAGGGAGCUGAGAGAGACCAGCACCCCAGGAGAUUCCACCUGUGCCAAUGGAGAAUGUGGAUUCACCCUUUACCUGCUGCUGGGGUAGCACCAGAAAGCCCAGAAGGAAUCUGAGCCCCCUCUGCCCUGCCAGUUGGCAUUUAGACAAGAAGGGAGAGAGGGGAUGUGUUGGUUUGGGGAGCAGAUUCCCAAGGGUGGUUACCCAUGGGCACCAAGCAGGGUAACCAGGCCAGCCAUGCUUUUCCUCUGGCUAAAUGUGGUUCCAGCAAACCUCAUCUGCUCUUCAGCUCCUCACUGCCUUCUUGGGAACACAAGACUUGAAUCUUAUAGGGACUUUUGAGGGACUUGCAGAAGACACAGCUUCACCCCUCACUUGGAAUGGAUUAGGGGCCAUUCAAGUGGACUGGGGGACAAUGAGUGCUUUGUAUAUAAUUCCUUUUCUUACGUAACGGAAGAUUGUGGCAUGUUGGUUCAGGUUGGUCUCCGUGGGCCCUGUUCAUUGUGCAUGCCACCAUGAAACUUCGGACUGGCCUCCCGGUUAUUCCUCCUCCUCCUCAACUUCUUGGUCCAUGGAGUUUGACGUGGGUUGAUUCACAAGAUGUUGGUUCUUUUUGUCUCUCUAAAUACUGUCCUAAAUAGGAUCCCCGUCACCAGCAGUUUGAAACUUCUAUCCCUGGGACACCCUGUCAGUUUGAUUAUAAACUCUGAGCCAGAUGAAAUGAGCCGCUACACACAGACAUCUGCCAUGCCCACCCAUGCACAUGGGUGGCCCUGCCCAGCACCAUUUCUCUCUGAGGAAACUGGAGAAGUUGUCUUGUUCUCAUAAGUGUCUUUGUUCCCACCUGGAGGGACUGGGAAAGGGAACACUGCUGUUGAAAACUAGUCAAUUAGCUAUAAUGUGUAACUCAAAUUGUCUUCUGAGUGGAGCCCCUAUCGCAGACUAUCCCCAUGAGGCUGGCUCCUCUAGCUACCCAUCCCAAGCCCUGAAGCUGGGCCAGAUACUUUGAAUCAAGGAGAAAGCAUCCCACAUGGCAGCCUACAGCAACAGUGACUGACUCCUGGUCUUAAAGUCCCCUGAUUCAGCCAUAGGAGCGAUUGGUGGGUAUUAGCAGUUUUGUCCUUGCUGUUUCUAGUUUUCCUUAAAAUUUGUUGUAUUUUUCUUCUUCACUGUUUUUGGAUUCAAUAUGUGUUCCUCUGGUUCCCUGAAUUUCCUUU